AGCGGAGGAUGCAAUGGCAAAGGUCACCCCCAUGCGGUCGAGGAUUGCAACACGAGACUUUGCUCUGUUCUUGCAGACUGAUGAUUACGACAGCGACGACGAUGUUCCUAUUGACGAGUUCGAGAUUGCUGUGAAGAACAUCAGCAGCGGCACGAGCAGGAAGGGAAGUAUCCAACGCCAUCCUUCCAGCGAGUCUGAAAUCUCGAGCCUUUGGGUUCACCGUGAGAAACUGGUGGAGACGCUUGCAAAGUACGAUAGUUUUCGGGCGAGCCUCCUCACUCUUCUGGAGCAGCAUGGACUCAAUCAGAAUGCCGUGCGCGAUACCAUCACCACAUAUCCCAAUACUUUUAAUCUCAGUGAUGAGAUUGCGGAACUGAGGCCCAAAAUCACCAUUUGCGAUGCUCAUACUAGUCCUGACUUCUGCUAUGCCUGGGAAUCAUGUGACGACCUCCACAUCUGCCCUCGCUACGUAAUGGGAGAUUGUAAAGACGACUCUUGCUCCCUGGGGCACUGUUGGACUACUGACCAUAACCGUAAGAUACUGCAGAGUUUCAACAUGGACAGACUGACUUCAAAAAUUCUUUGUACACUGAUUCGAGAUACAUUCAGCGAACGCAAACCUAUGAAGUCACUUGAUGUCUGUCAGAGUUACAAUAAGGGCACAUGCAGACGCAGACAAUGUAGUUCCCUACACAUCUGCUUGAAUUUUGUAAUCCGGGGUGGUAUCUGUGGGCUGCAAUCUUGUCAACUAAACCACUAUACCACUGAACCUUCUGUAUGUAAGCUCCUCGAAAGUCAUGGACUCCCUUCUAACAGGUGCUCCAAAGACAUCAUAACAAUGCUACUUGCUCAAAACCAAUCCUUAUCAAGUCAGGUUUACUCUCUGAGACGAGUGAAAAGAUCAUCCACUGCUUCCAGCAUAAGCACCCCAUCUCCCAACCUACAGAGAGGAACUUCGAGCACUGUGUGGUCACACUUCUACAAAGGAGAUGUCCCGGUGCCAGAAAUCUGCUACUCCUCUGUGGAAGGGAAGUGUCAGUCUGAAGCUCAAGGUUGCUCAAGGCUGCAUGCAAAGGAACACUUCCAUUGGCAGGUGAGCGAGAGCAGUGGGCAGUGGUUUAACCUACAGAACUCACAGGUAAUCAGUCUUGAAAGAGCAUAUUGUGAUCCAGCUCAGGAAACUGUGACAAUUCCUCGUCUAGACACAGCCCUUGUAACACCAACAAACCCCUUACUCUCUCUCCUGGGGCGAGACUUAUGGAGCGCUGACCUAAUAAAUCAGAAUCUGAAGGACUCUUCGGGGGAAAAGAUUCUCAACCUAAGGAGACUCUGUACAGAAAAGACGGAAAUGAAUGUUCAGGCGAGAACGUUUCUGUGGUAUUAUUUCUAUGAUGGCAAUUGGGUGGAAUACGGCCGUCCUAACCCAUCAGCUGAAGCUGAUCUCGUGUACGAUGUAAGCUCUGAAUUUAUUGAGGUAGCAUACAAUACACCUGACUGUCAGGAAAUGCCUCUCAAGGAAAAUAACAAAAUCGACUUCCAAGCUAUGGUCCACAUUAACAGCUUUUCACACAAAUGGCCGAUACGACGGCGACCAAAAAGCCAUCUGGAGGAGGCUGAGACAGGCACUGAGUAUAACCGGAUUUUGCCGCCUCACUGGGAGGUCAUGAAACCAGAGGAUCGUCUACGCAUUGUAGACCUUCCGCCCUGGUGCACAGAGUAUGAACAAGUAUUGGAACUCCUUCACACUUCGCUCCAGGAUGUAAAAAUCUUGAAGGUGGAGAGAGUUCAAAAUCCCUUUCUUUGGCGUGCUCUGCAAAAUAAGAUUGAAGAACUGUCUGUGUGGUACGGCGACAUUGAGAAGGUAGAUAUUCGCACGCUGUUCCAUGGUACAGAUGUUGAUGUCAUAAAACACAUUUGUACAGAAAACUUCGACUGGCGUCUUCAUGGCUCUCGUUUCGGUCAGAAGUACGGCCAUGGAGCUUACUUUGCGACCGAGGCGGCCAGAGCGCUCGAGUACUGUACGUACGAUCCCCUGAACCAGCGGUACCUUCUUGUGGCCCAAGCGGUGGUUGGAACCAUAGUACAGGGCGAUUAUACUAUGCAUUGCCCUCCCCAAAACCCUGUGACCGGCAUACCAUAUAAUUCCACUGUCGAUGACGAGUUUGAUCCAACAAUUAUUGUGAAAUAUGACAAACAGGAAUACUACCCACAGUACAUUAUCACUCUUUCAUAUGUGCGUGUGAUACGGAACUUGUCUUGGCGAACACAUCACAUCACCAAUACCUUCUGGUCUGAAUCCUUGGUCGUUCCUCAAGAUUUAGUAACAGCACACAAGUUAGACGGCAGCAGCAGAAUCGUAACUAUUCGCUUGGGCGUUUUAGCGAAGACGAGAACUUCACAGAAAGGUUGCAGGAAGGUCGGCACAUUCAUCACAACCACAAACAAGAAGGGACUAAUGGCUGACAUCUUCCCCAUCCAGUAUACGCCCGAGAUCCCCAGGAUAAACCCAAGGGUCCUAGCGGGAGCUCUGGCCAAAAAGCCUCACUUCCGAGCUUCUCUCCUGAGGUUGCUGGAGGACGAUGGAUUUGACAUCCCGCUUGUACGGCGCUGCGUCCAGACCUUCAGGCAGGUGUUCGCUGUCGAUGGCGAGGCUAUUGUGCUUAAGCCCAAACUGGCCCUUUGUCCUAUGAAUAACAUUGACAGCACAUGUAGAUAUGGUAAGAAAUGUAGGUCUUUACAUAUCUGCGCUGAGUACCUUAAAAAUGAGUGCGAUAACGUGAGCUGCAGCUUGGGACACAGGUGGGACACGAAGCCAAACAACAUUCUCGUGCGCAGACUCUUCCUCGACCGCCUUAGCAUCAGCGAGCUAAAUAAAUUAGUGGUUUCUCUGCAAGACGACUAUGCUAGACAGGGAACAAAGAGUGGUCUGCAUCGACUGCCCGCCGUCAGCAAUGAGGUCGAGGAUGAUUCUACACAAGAUGACGAAGAAGACGAAGGCAUCGAAGAUUCUUCAGGAGACGAGACAGUGAGUCCAACAGUUUGGUCUCACUACAUAGAGGGUGAAGUUGAUAUUCCCGAAAUUUGCUAUGACUCAGUGGUAGCAAAGUGCGUCCGUGAGGAAGUAGGCUGCCCAAGGCUCCAUGCAGCACUGUCCUUUCACUGGCAGACAAAGGAGCCUGACGGCGUCUGGUACAACCUGCAGUCUGCCCAAGCCGAGUAUCUGGAACUGAACUACUGCGACCCAUGUAAGGAAACUUGCAUGGUUCCCAAGCUUGAUCCGACGGUCUAUAACGAGUCCGAGUGCGACUUACUGGCACUGAUGGGACUUGCUCAGUGGGAAGCCAAUUUUGAGAGCAUGACUUUAAGUCUUCCCCCGGAUGAGGAGCUUUUGAUCAGAAGGCUGUGCGUCGAGGAUCUGACGGAAGUGGAACAGACAGCGAAUGUUAAUACAUGGUACUAUGAAGUUCAAGAGUGGCUUCCGUACGGUCAAGAUGAGGACAGUUCCUCCAACAACACCGUCACCUCUGCAGAAAUUGAACACGCUUUUCUGAACGAUAAAUACUCUCGUUUCUACUUCACCACCGAGAAGCACACCUACACCCUCGACUUCGAGACCAUGACUCAGACCAAUGACACAACAGGGUACUCGAGGAGGAUGCGACGCCGGCCGAAGCCCCACCUGCAGAAGGAGGAUCUGUUGGAAUAGAUUGAAUUCAACGUAAUUUGUAUAUGCAUAAAGCCAGUCGCAUGUUAUGGUAUUUUCAGAGACCAUACAAACCGUUGUAACUGAGUACGUUUGAAAUUACGAAUACAUGAGUACAAGGUAAGUUGAAUUUGUCACCUGUAACAUGGAUACUCAUACACAUUAUUUUUGUGUGUAAUCUGUAGAAAUGGUUGAUGA